AUGUCAUUCGAAGCAGUUCGCUCUUAUGGUAGGCAUAUUUUACAACCAUUAGGCUUGUUCUCAUCAGAUAAAAAGCAAACACAGCCCAGAACACAACUAUUACCUCCAACCACAUCGAAAUUAUGGCAAUCCAGCACGCAUACAUUCUUUGGAGCAGCAAACAGAGUUUCACCAGCCGCAUGGCCUGCGACACGAUUUCAUGAAGAUGCAAACAAGAUUCCAUUUGAUACAAAAUACGAUAAAAUAUACGAUCCUCAAACGGCAAACGUACGCCAAGCAGCUUCAACGACGAACAGUAACGAUGCAGAUUACUGGUUAUACGAAAGAGAGGCGGGAAGAGGCGGAAAUGAAACGGAUGAUAUCGUUCCGCAACCUAUCCUUGUUGUUAAACGAUAUAUUCCCACUACCAACAAAGCAAAAGGUCCUGGCAUAACUUUAUUCAUCCUGCCAGGUAUGGGUGUUCCAAAAGAAAUGUUUGAGCCGAUGCUCGAGGUAAUGCUACCUAUUCUAGCCUCAGCUAAUGUGGUAGUUGAUGAAAUUUGGUCUUUGGAUAUGCCAAUGUCAGGCGAAACAGCAUUAGCAAAUCCACCAAGCUACCUGUAUGGCAACGAGAAGGAUAUCGCUCGUGAUGUUCUUCAUUUCAUCACCGCAUACUUGCCAGUAAAAGCACAAAAAGAAUUACCUGAACGAUUAGAGUAUCGUGCACCUAAACCAAGUGGUCGACAAGAAAGUCGAGAGAAUCUACAUGUUAUCGCACAUUCCAUGGGAGCACAAUCGUCAAUUUUGGCUGCCGCACAUGCACCUGAAUUGUUUAGCAGUCUAACAAUUUUUGAUCCUGCAAUCAUUCCUCCAGGAAAGAUUUUAGAAGGUUUUACCAAAUUACCAAAUGACGUAUUUUGUACACUCAUACCUGAACAUGUUCAAUCAAGAGAUGCAUUACGGGAAAUCGUUGGAAAGAAUAAACGUACAAACGGAUGGGAUAAAAGGGCGGUGGAGAUGUAUGUGAAAAGAGGCACGAUUGAAGAUGAAGAAAGAGGAGGAUUUAAACUCACUUCGCCACCAAGAUUGGAAUGGGCAUUGUACUACGAUAAAGAGACAUGCGUUCAUGCUUUUGAUCGAUUACAAGAUUUACAAAUUCCUCUCAAUGCAAUCAUGCCUUCUCGUCCGUUUGCAACACCACCAAAACUAUUCGAAAAGGUCUUCAAUGCACUUCCACAAGAGAAACGAUUGGUUUGGAUGCCCAAUACAACACAUCAACUCGUCUUUGAACGUAUUGAUGAUUGUGCACACAACGUAUGUGAAUGGUUAAAGGUUCGUUCCAGUGGUUCUAAGUCGCACCUCUGA